GUGACGACCGACGGCCGUGACUAAAGCUAACACCAAACUAGCAACUGUUGCCUGGUAGAAUUGCUUAGCUACGAGGAAAAACGUGUGAACAGAUGAGUUCAUGCUGCACGGCCUUCGAAAUAAUUUGACACAUGCAGUGACAAUGUGAAAGCCACAAAAGGUCUCUGGUGUGUGUGUGUGUGAGAGAGAGUGUGUUUCCAGCCGCAGAAUCAAUUUCGAUCAGUUUUUCCUACUUCCCCUCCUUUUUUAUCCUCCCAUUCAAUCUCACUCUCUCCCACUCUGUUGUUUGUCCUCCUUUCUGUUCUGUUUCAUAUUGUUGUUUUUCUCUGGUGUGUGCUGAGGUUUACUUCCUGUUGGUUUGGGGGGUGUGGUCAUGUGUGACAGAGAGAGAGAGAGACAGAGAGAGAGAGAGAGGGAGGCUGAUACACUGAUACACUCCUCCUUUUUUGGUGACAAGCUGAGUUGGUGAGAGAGAGUUUUACUUUACGUAGAGAGCACACACACAUGUACACGCACACACAUCGUACAAGCACACACAGCAUCAAAGGACCGCUCCAGUAUGUGGUUGCCAGAUAUCAGGAUGUCGAAGCCAGGAGAGGCCGACAAAGAAGGGGUCGACUCCCCCAUGGAGGGCACAGACUGUGAGCGGAAUGGACCGGAAUCAAAUCACCAGACAAUGAAAGGCAGUCCCUUCCCUCUCUCACCGACGUUAGGCAGCGGCAAGAAUAAGAUGGAUGAGGGUGGUGAGAUGUCCCCCUCCCUGCCUCCCUCUCAGGGCCCGACUCCCUCACAUGCAGCCCUGCAGCCCACACAGCUCAUGCUGACCGGGUUGACGACUCUGUUGCCAGCCCAGCAGCAGUUGCUGCUGCAGCAGGCUCAGGCCCAGCUCCUGGCUGCAGCAGUGCAACAGUCCAGUGCAGCCCACGCUGCCCACGCUGCCCACGCAGCAGCACAGGCCAAUCAAAAAGCCCAGGCAGCGGUGGCAGCAGCAGCAGUGGCAGCAGCAGCCAAUCAUCAAGCCCAUCAGCAGCAGCAGCAGCAGCAUGCAGGACAGACGGCUCCACAGUCCCAGUCCCAGGGACAAGGACAGAACUCCCAGGAACAAACAGUCCCUCCUCCUCAGCUCACCCUGUCCCAGCCGUUCCAGCUCACAGCCCAGGACAUCCAGCAGCUGCUGCAGUUACAACAGUUGGUGUUGGUGCCCGGACACUCACUCCCGUCUACUGCCCCGUUCCUUCUGCCCCAGGCCCAGCAGGCUCAGCCAGGACUCCUCCCGACACCAAAUCUCAUAACGCUACCUCAGCAAAACCAAGGGAGUCUGCUGUCGGCUCAGACCAGGAUGGGACUCCAAGCACAGCAGCGAGAUAAGAGCGUGGAGGUGAGCAGCGGCGCAGGGGUCACCGCGAUGCCUUCAGUGACCUCUCACUCUGAGGAACCCAGUGACCUGGAGGAGCUGGAACAGUUCGCUCGCACUUUCAAACAGAGACGUAUCAAACUGGGCUUCACACAGGGGGAUGUCGGUCUGGCCAUGGGAAAACUGUACGGCAACGACUUCAGCCAGACGACCAUCUCACGCUUCGAGGCCCUGAACCUCAGCUUUAAGAACAUGUGCAAACUGAAGCCCCUGCUGGAGAAGUGGCUGAACGACGCAGAGACCAUGUCCAUAGACAGCACCCUGCCGAGUCCCAGCUCCUUGUCCUCUUCCUCUCUGGGCUUCGACGGCAUUCCAGCUCGCCGCAGAAAGAAGAGAACGAGCAUCGAGACAAACGUACGCGUGGCCCUGGAGCGCGCAUUUAUGACGAACCAGAAGCCUACCUCAGAGGAGAUCCUACUGAUUGCAGAGCAGCUUAACAUGGAGAAGGAAGUCAUUCGGGUCUGGUUCUGCAACCGUCGGCAGAAAGAGAAGCGGAUCAACCCGAGCAGCGCCACACCCCCCCUGACCAGCCAGCCCCCGACUGCCCAACCAGCGCACAAACCUCCCUGCUACAGCCCUCACAUGAUGUCCAACCAGCUGUCCCAGGCAGUAACCAGUCUCAGCAGCACAACAGUGACUACCUUGUCCUCCAUCUGUCCCCCGACUUCCAGCCUCUCCUCUACUCACCCCUCCAUCAGCUCUACUCACCCCUCCAUCAGCUCCACGCCUUCACCGGUGACCCCUCCUCCCCGGAGCACGGCCAGUCCAGCCACUCCCCGCCACAAACCAGAAGCCUACCUCAGAGGAGAUCCUACUGAUUGCAGAGCAGCUUAA